AAUUGAUCCCGGGCUGUACCAAUAUCUAAUCAAUAUCUACCGGUUUCACCGCUCCAUCACGAGCCACUGGGAACGGGUUGCCCGGGAAACGGCCGCAUGGCAACAGGAUCAGAGCCUGGGGGUUGUCUGCUUCUAGGUCUGCUCCCAUUUUACAUCGCAUUUCCUCACUAGAUGGUGUGCAAGCCACUGGAGAGUACACGUCCCCGCACUCUACAUCCAGCAAAACAAACCUGGGAAACUAUACGACGGACCAUUUCUGUGCGGGGCUCCGAGGAGGAAAAGUGUGGAGAUAAAGCGUCGCUCGCGUCAAAGGCUUUACUGUGUUUCUUUUUUGUAAGCCACGCUGCUUGUGUUUUUUUUUGUGGGGGGCCAACGAGAAGACUUGGGUGAAAAGCGGCAACAACACACAGCUGUGAUGGACAUAAUGAUCGCGGUGCAGGAUGCUUGUGUCUCUGGUCAGUGGCUAACUGCGAUAAUUCUCAGCCUAUGCUGCUUCCUGCCGUCCUGUUUGCCCGCCGGUCAAACUGUGGACUAUUCCUCGGUGGAGAGUGUGGUCAGCAGACAGGGCGACACGGCGAUACUGAGGUGCUACCUGUUGGAUGGGAUCUCGAAAGGAGCCUGGCUGAACCGCUCAAGCAUCAUUUUCGCAGGGAAUGACAAGUGGUCUGUUGACCCACGUGUGUCCAUUGUGUCCAGCGUUGGAGACAAACAUGAGUACAGCCUUCAGAUACAGAAAGUGGAUGUAACUGACGACGGCCAGUACACAUGCUCCAUUCAGAGUGAGCGCAACCCACGGCCAAAGCUCCUCAACCUUAUUGUUAAAGUUCCUCCAAAGAUAUACGACAUUUCCUCUGACAUCACAGUAAACGAGGGCAGCAACGUGUCGCUCAUCUGCUCAGCCAGUGGGAAACCCGAGCCGACCAUUUACUGGAGACACAUAACCCCAUUAGCCAGGAAGUAUGACAGUGGCGAAUAUCUUAACAUCACCGGCAUCACAAGGGACCAGGCUGGAGACUACGAAUGCAGCGCUUUAAAUGACAUCGCCUCUCCUGACACCAAAACCGUAAAAGUCACAGUCAACUUUGCUCCGAGCAUCCACGAGAUGAAAAGCCACGGAGUCGUUCCGGGACGCACAGCUCUGCUAAGGUGCGAGGCUGCUGCUGUACCUUCUCCGACAUUCGAGUGGUUCAAGGGCGAGAAAAGGAUUAUCAAGGGUCAAGGCGUCGACAUCAAGAGCCUCAGCUCCAGAUCAGUCCUCACAGUGACCAACAUGACAGAGGAUCGUUACGGGAACUACACAUGUGUCGCCUCCAACAAGCUAGGGACGGCUAAUGCCAGUGUGCCUCUCAUUCCAAUUAUUGAACCCACCACCACUAGUGCUGUCUCAAGCCCAGCGCCCAACACUGCACCCUAUGGGAGCACAGGAAGCGCAUACGUCCCGCUGGCCUGCCGAUACCUGGUCCUGGCUCUCUCCUCCUUCAUCAGCGUGUACUAGCAGAGGCCAGCCCAGACACAAUGACUGUGGAGAGCAUUUAUGAAUCCUUUUUGACAUUGCUGAUGGCUGGAAUCACAUCUGGUACAGUUUGUUGAAAAGCCGUUAUGGGGGAAAAUAAUCAGCGUUACUUUGUGUGGGGAACCUUUUUUUCUCUCUCUCUCUCUCUCUCUCUCUCUCUCUCUUUCUCUCUCUCUCUUUGCUUUUUGGUGAAAUUUUAUGUCAUGUAAAUACUAUGAUGUUUUUUUUAAUUAUUAUUAUUUCUUUCUUUUCUCAUUGAUUGACCUUGUGAAUCAGUGCUCAGCCCCUCCCCUGCCGCACCCCCCCCACUCCACCUCCACUCAUAUCAGAAAGCUCCCAAACUUCCCAAAUGAGUUACACUUUUAUGCCUCUUUCUCUGGGAGGCAAAGGCGCAAAAUUGACAUUUUCAUCAGUUUUUGUACAUGGCUAAAAAGACGCAAAUGUGCCAAGUCUCUCAGUACACACACAAUUACCAUACCAAUGUUGUAAUGAAUGUAUUAUGGGUUGUUGAACAAAGGAAAGACAUUUAGAUUCCUAAUAAUACAAAUUCAGAUUAUGGAGUGUGCUUAAAAAAAAAAAAACUCAGAAAAAAAAACAAAAGAACAUAAAAGGCAGGGCUUUUUCAGGACCUGUAUUGUCAUGAUUACUCAAUAGAUGGAUGAACAGUGUUGAAGGUGUGCUUUGUUGUAUUCUGAAAUGGGUCCUUCAGUUACUAUGCCUGCCUCACAGAUUUGAUCAGGCAGCCGUCAAAGUAGCAAAGUAUACUGUAUCGUAUCUUUAUAUUUUAAUAUAGUGUAGGCUUUUGUUUCAAGUGGGACCAGCUUUUCUCAUUCGACCAAGAACAUUAACACAGUCCAUGACCUUUGUACAGUAUUGAGGGAGGAACAUCGCUGCCCUUUGUUUACAUUUUUCUUGAAAAUAUAAAUACUACAGUAUAUCCAUGUUUUUUUUCUUUCAGUGAGUCCACAUACGCGAAUGUCGCAAUGAACCGUUGCAGUCGAGAGGAAAAAAGCAGAGCCCAAGAUCAACUGUUUUUAGCUUGUCUCUUAAAGACUGCACUUCUUUCAAACAUGCCGCAUCCAGUGGGCAUCUGAGCAAAGGGUUUGUCUCUGAUCGUGUUGCGUACCUACAGCACUGAUCAUAAGAAAACCCACAGCUGCACACUGUAGAUGGCUUGAAGUUUCUGGCUUCAACUGUUGGCAUGCUUCUUGGAUAGUGGAUUCUGAGAAAGCAGCGCUCUGCAUUGUAUUGGCCUGUUUUCCCUCACAGAAAACUCAGUUCUUAACUGUAUCACAGUCUUCUUAACAGUAAAUAUAGCUUCUCCAUUGUGCCGCUUAACAGAUAAAGGAAGUCAAAGAGAGCCAAAUGCCGUGUAACUUAAGAUUUUGCGAAAAGAGAGUAGCAAAUGAAACCUGCUUUGGCUCCGUCCUUCUCACGUUAAUAAUGACCAACAGAACACGAAGUAAAGCUCAUGAACAGGCUCAUCACUACAAACAUGGUCUAAGGUGCUAGCAGCUCCUCCGAGACAAGUCCGGUUUAUUGUCCAUGGGGCCGGUGAACGUCCAGCAGAGUUGAGAAUAAAUUGAACCAUGAGGUUGUUUAAUAUAUCAUUAUAUAUAUCUGUACAAUGUGGCUUUUCUGUUCUCCAAAAUCAACCAUAUCAAGGCUCCAAAAAAUGACGUUACUGUAAAGGUUUAAUUUUUUGACAUGUUUGGCAUAUUCACCAACCCAUGGUGUAAACAGAGAUACUGUACUGUAAUGCCUUAAUAGUACCAUAAACAUUAAACGAACCUCCUUUAAAAAAAAGACACUUCCAGACAAUAAGAUAGAGCUCAUUUGUUGACAUUGCUGAUUAUUGAAUGUUCAUGAACAUAUAGCCGACUUAACUUACAAAAUUAGGCAUUAUAUUCAGUACAAAAAACAAACGAUUAUCAACCUUCCGUUUGGCUCUCGCAGGUAUUUUCAAGUAAGCCAGUUGCAUCCGAUGAAAAUGCAGUAUUUGUCGUACAGGUUAUCAUGUUUGAAACUCUUUUUUGGAUUUGGAUGGAUGUUAUAUUUUGUCCCGCCAUUCGAGGGGACUGACGGUACCCAAGUCCACACAGUAUCUUCACAUGAACUUGUAACUGCAAACCUAUAGAGAAAUAGCCAUCGCAGUUAAAAGACUUAAAGCACAAACAAUGUUAUUACUUUUUACGUUUCGUGAUGAUUUGUUUUAAAGGUCUGCUGAACAUUAUUUUUUUUCUUUUAUUGUUUGUACUGAAAUUGUUAUCAGCUUGUUUUACAAAUUAUGAAAAUACUGCACCAUAUGAUCUUGUUUAAAUGUUAAGGUAUAAUGAAAAAUGGGUCAGAAGUAUAUUUAUUCUCUUCCUUUAUGAAAACAAUGUAUAAAAAAAAAAAUAGAUUUGAAACAUGUAAAACUGGAUAUGUGACAUUUAUUUGAAUGAGGCACAGUAUGGCAUAGUUUAUAAUGUUGUCGGGUUCAUUUUAGAUGCCAUAACUGUUGUUGAUUUUUUGUCGGACGAGUACAUUAAAAUGAACAAUGUUUGCAAUCAAAUUACCUACUUUUUGAAAAAGAGAGGGUGUGAACCAAUAUAACAGUAUUAUAGAACAGAAUCAAUGUGUGUAUAUUUGGAGAAAAUAGGAUACCUUUUGAUCUGUAGAGCCAGUGUGUAGUCAUAGUUUUCACACACUCGCGUGUUUGACGAUGUGCAGAGAGUAUGGUUGUGCUGCAUGUCAAAGUUAACCUGUGUUUUUUGAGGUGGCCAUUUUACAGAUAUUCACACUUUUUAUGAAUGGAACCAGUUUCUUUUAUUCCCGUUUGGUUCUUAAAUCUGGUCUAAGAAUACAUACCUCCUACAGACCGCCAGGCUAUGUUUGUUUGUGAUUUAUUUGAAUCAACUUUGCUGAUGAACUAAAAAAGAAAAAAAAACACCUGCUUUUCAGACUCAUGAUGAUUUUUGUGGCACAUUGUUGACAGUUCUGAGUUGGUUGCUUGUCUAAGAGGUUAAGACCAUGCUAGUAUUCCAUAUGAAAUGUACUGGAUGUUGAUUAUUUUUGAAUAAUGGUAUUAACAAGUCCCUUUUAUCAAAUCACUAUUAUUUGCAAUAAAAGUCUUCAUGUUCAAUAUAAAAACCCACAUCUGAGUUAAUGGGCACUCGAAGGGGUUGUCAGCAGCAACGGGACAGUUUGAGCGCCGUCGUGACAACGUCCAGCUCAAAGCGUAAAAAUGUCCCGGCGCUACAUUCUGCAGUGUCAGUUCUGCAAGCAAACCUCUCAUUUUUGAAUUCCACAAGCUGUGAUAACAUUUAUUUUGUCGUCUUGUUGACUAAACUACAAAAUAGGUAACUUAAGCAUGCCUGUCUGCUCAGCCGAAGAUGGUACGUUAGUGAGACAGCGGUCACAUCACACAUUUAUAUUUUAAUUUAAAUCGGGAUCGCUGAUAAUUAGUGAAAAGAGUCGAGUUAAUGUGGCUAAAACUCACGGUUCAGUCGUUAACGUCAGCUAGUUCUGGACUGGAUCAGUUUAGAUGACAUCUGGUAUCUUCAGCUUUUAAUACAUGAUUUACCAGAUCUCUGUCAUUGUUAUCAGAAGUAAACAACUGGAUGGCAGUCACCAGUAAACACACACCGACUUCUAUGUUGUGAUAAGCACCAUGAAAAGGGAUCUGAGGUGGCCAAAAAACAAGAGAGAAGAGAGGUUCGACCAGAAAGUACCGAGAAUUCAAAGGGUGUUUUCAUUUUUUUUGCACAGCAGUAUGCCUCGGUAUUCGCUGGUUAUGACUCAGUGAUCACAAAUUCCAAGUACAGGUCUAACCUCUCUCUUCUCUUUUUUGUUCUCAUGACAUGUCCUUGGAUCCAAAGAGGGCCUGUUUUUUUUGUUUUUUUUUUUGGUACCUGCAGUCGUGAAGUAGCUCUCCUCAGCCAAUCUGCUGACAUUUGCUCUCUCUCUCUGUAGAAGUGAUAACAAAGGGAACUAAAGGGGUGAACCCGAUCACCCUGUUUUGUUCGGAGACGGCGAAAAGGAAACAAAGCUAUACGUCUAAAAUAAUGUCUAACAUCAGUUCUCACGUCGUGUUAACGCGAUGCUUGAGCACUUCUGCGGUGUAAGGCCUCCACAGUUUUCUUUUGAACCCUGUUCUCUGCAACCCCUGGCUCAGAUUCAAAUUCGGGGGAAUAUUCUCUUUUUGUUCAGUGUGGCUUGAUUCAUUGAGUCGUCUUAAUUUUGCUGUAUCAUGCAUAUUUGAUCCCCUCCCCUCUGCCCUCCAACUCAGUAUAAAUCCUCCUGAGCCCAGAUGGCCAGAUGCCACAGUACAUAGGAUUGCCCACAGUUUGCACUGCAUCAUCAUCAUUGACUGGAGCGUGUCGCUCAGUGUAUACGAUCCGGAGAUAUUUACACGCAUUAAUCACUCACACACGCUCAGCCUGUCCCAUAAUGCAUCUGGGGUCUAUCAAUAUUACUUCUUUCUUUCUUUUUUUUUUGUUCCCCCGACAGCAUGAGGCUUUCGAGUACACUAUGACCUGAAUUUACACGCUCGGCUCAAACAUCCACAGUGGUUGUGUGACCUACCUCUUAAAAGUUCAGUUGAAAAAGCCGUGUUGAUGCGCGGGCUGAAAAGAGGCCACGCCACCCACCUGCAGAGAUCACUGCCUAACCUCGCGCUCCCGGCUGACAGCGGAGAGGGGGAAAAAAAAUCCCUCCACUUUUAAAUUUAAGAUAAGAGGAUUUUAAAUAUUCAUGCCAGCACGUAUUAUUACGGCCCCACAAUCCCCACCCGGAAUUUUUAAGUUCCCACUUCCAAUGCAUCCUCCUCCUCCUCCUCCUCUUCUCACUCCUGCAUGUAUCAGAAUCAUACUGUCCUGUUUGAAGACGUUUAUUACACAGAUCGGAUUUGUUGCAUCGUGAAACAGCGACUGUUUAAACUCUCAGAGGGGGACAGAUAUUUGACUACAUGUGCCUUUUAAAAAGUAUUUUAUCAAUCAUAACCCCUCAUUCAGAGCAUUACUGCCACAACACGCUGAGGUAAUCUAGCUGUAAAAAACAUGGAUGAAAUUAUCGCUCGCUCUGUAAUAUUCUCUCCGUUGGCUAUUUAUAGCGUCACCCGAACAAUCGAUGUCUUGACACAGGAAACCGAAGCGCUCCACAUAGGUUGCAGAUAUCGUAUAAAUAUCUGACUGAAGACAAGUGGUGUCGUCAAAAAUCACUGUGUUAUUCUGACAGUAUAACCCCCAAGUAGAACGGCAGAUAAUGAAAUGUCAUCUUUAUUGUAACAACAAUGAUUAACGCGCAGCGAGAGUUCAGUGUAAUAGUGUGUAUUUAUCAUCUAAGGGAACGGAAACAGGGUUCAGACUGGACAGACGAAUACUCCCAACCUAACCGCCGAGAUAAAUGUUCGUAAUGUACGUCUCUGCAAAACUCUGGAUAUGUUGAAACUUGAACCUAUUCAGAAAAUUGUCCUGAUGUCUCGUUAAACACGUCUGGCACAAAUUUUCUAGUUUGCGCUUGGUGUUGAAGCGGCACCUCAAACAACGUGUUCUUGCCGCAUCUCACCGAGCAGCCGUGUCGCCAUCUCAGCUCCUGCGCAGCUAAUACGGACGUGACGUUGUAAGAAAAAAUGCUGAUACGACAAAUGUGAAACGCAAAAAUUCGAAGGUGUCCGGCGUUUGCAGAGACGCACGUGUGCCAGCAUUUAAAUUCUGGCUGAAUGACUCGCCUGUUUGUUUUCACUUCUUCGGUGUUGACAGGGACGUGUUUGACGGGCCUGCUCAUUAAUCUUGUCUGUGAUUGACAGGCUAUACCUGACUCACGUCUAAAAAUGUCCCUGCUGCAGAUAAAAACAAAAAAACAAACAAACAGCAAGAAAUAUUUAGCCAAAUUAUUUUUUUUGGGGGGGGGUGGACGUCACUGAGGGAAACAUCCUGAUAAUGUGUUGCCAACAGAAGCUGAUGUUGGGAGGCGAGGCAGCAUGUUGUAGUGGCAUAGAAGCACAUAAUUCUUUACAGAUUAUUGUGAUUUGUCCGCCCAGUACCGUAAAAAAAUUAAGGCAGAACACACCUUAGGUUAUGGAUUUCACGCUGUGUUACGUUGUUUAUUUGGCUCUUCACGAAAGGCGUCUGUGGCCGUUGUGAGCAGGAGAGAGGAGAGUGGAGCAGCUGUGAGACAGGACUUCCUGCUGACCCUGCGGUUAAUGAAACUCUUCCUGUGCCUUUGUCAGUUUUAACCGGGAGAUUGUGUCAUGCUGCACGCUGGCGCCGCUGCCCACUUUCCCUGAGCAGCAUACUGAGUCUUCAGUAUCAACCCUCUGUUUUCUCUGAGUGCUAGCAUUCAGCAUGGUGGAAAUGUUUGGUGCACAGCGGGAACAAAAAAAAAAAA